GUUUCUGAUAAGCACAGAAGAAAAGAUUUAGUUCAUAAAAAUGGUGCAUACAAUGAAAAGUGAUUCAGUAUUACCAAGUAUAAAAAAUCAAUUAUAUGCGGCCAUAAUAGCAAAUUUAGUUGUUUUAACUUAUGGAUGCGUUAUGGAAUGGUUGUCACCAGCCCUAACGAUUUGACAUCAAAUGAUACGCCCCUUAAGACAGGUCCAAUAUCCAAUUCAGAACUAUCAGGGAUUGGCGCUAUGAAUAGUGUUGGUGCAAUAGCAAGUACAUUCAUAACUGGAAUAUUUUCAGCAUUUUGGGGCUCAAAGCGAGCAAUGACACUUUUGGCCUACCCAGCAAUUGCAUUUUGGCUAUUGAUUUAUUUUGGCGACUCAUUUUAUCACAUUUUAUUAGCAAGAUUUGCAACCGGCUUGACUGGUGGAUUACUGCAGAGCGGAAUUGUCCUUUUUAUCGCCGAAAUUUCGGACGACAAGUAA